GUGGGGGGCACGGUAGGCGCAGGCGCAGGGAGGGAGGUGAAGACGGGCCACCAUAGGAUCAAAGGUAGACAGGAUAGACAGGUAGAAAAAGGAGCACAGAGGCAGCAGUCGGCCAGGUGAAGAAGGACAGAGCGCGAGCAUCAUGGCGCUGAUCCCGUCGCAGGUUCUCCGGGUCGCCAUCCUCAUGUCCUACUUCUCCAUCCUGUGCCACUACAAAGCGUUAGACAUGCCGGCGCACCAGACCUACGGGGGCAGCUGGAAGUUUCUGACAUUCAUUGACUUGGUGAUCCAGGCGGUGUUUUUCGGACUGUGCGUCCUGAUCGAUGUGUCCAGUCUGCUGACCAGGGGAGGCGACAGCAGGGAGCAGGAGCGCCAGCUGAAGAAGCUGAUUGGCCUGAGGGACUGGAUGAUGGCCGUGCUGGCCUUCCCUGUCGGAGCGUUUGUGGUGUUCACGUUCUGGAGUCUCUACCUGUACGACAGAGAGCUGGUCUACCCCAAACUACUGGACAACUUCAUCCCUCAGUGGCUCAACCACGGCAUGAGAGGUGGCCAGUAG